AUGGCUUUUCCGGCAGCUUUUACGGUUGCCGCCGAUUGGAGGACUCAGCUUCAACCCGAUUCCCGUGAGAGAAUUAGAGAAAUAAUAAUGGACAAUUUGACGAGGCGUAUUCCUUUUUCUGGGGAAGAAGGAUUGCAACAGUUGAAGAAAAUGGCUGUGUCUUUUGAGGAAAAAAUAUAUAUUUCUGCACCAAGUCAGUUAGAAUAUCUAAGAAAUAUCUCUAUGAAAAUGCUGAUCAUGGAGAGAAAAUACCCAAUGACACCAACAGUGAAUCCUUUGCAAACUAAUGCUACAGUCAUAGGUGAACCCACCCUUAAUAACCAAGGAAGGCUUAAUGGGGAAGCACCUAGGAGAAGGGAUGGUCCAAAAAGGAAAAGGAAUACGCGUACACCUCUUCCAGAAGUAUUUCUCCAAUGCUUCAAUGAAAUUCCAAAUCGCGUUUCCAAGUUUCAAGAGCAAAGUGAAGCUGAUAGGAAGAAGAUAUCUGAACUGUCCCAAAAACUAAAAGAGGCUCAAAUAGCCAGGGAUAAGGCUUGCCAAGAGUGCUUACUUCUGAAAGCAGAGGUAGAUAUGGUAAACAGAAGGAAUGCUGCUGAACUGAAAGCCAAAGAAGAUCGCAUCGCCGCCCUUGAGGAGGAAAAUUCCCGUCUCAAAAAAAGGACAUGA